AUGCCUGCCUCAACAACAACACCCUCUCUCAAAGACAAACUCCGUGAAUUGAAACAAAAACAACAAACACUCCAAAUUAAAGAACAAGAAUAUAAAGACCAGAAGGAACAAGAAGAAAUUAAAAAGGAUGUCAUGAUGGCUUUUGAUGAUUCAUCCGAUGAUGAUGAGGAGGAAGAAGAAGAUUUGGAAACAAAUAUUGUUGCUACUACUACUACUGAUGCUACCUCAAAUGAUCAUGAUGAGUCUACCACAACUGAUAAAGUUCCUCACUUUCAAGCAAAGAAAGAAGAAGCCGUGAAUCGAAUUGCAGCAAUUUUUGAAAACUUGAAACAAAGUCGUCUCUCAUCAUCCUCCGAUUCCAAUAAGCAAUCCUCUUCAAAUAGCAAUGAUAUCGUUGAUUUUUCAAAUACCAAUCGAACAUUUGUGAUUAAGAGGCUUCCUCAUGGUUUUUAUGAAGAGGAAAUUACGAAAUUCUUCUCUCAGGUCGGAACGGUUCUUAAUGUCAGAAUUCCAAGAAGUAAGAAAACAGGUCAACCCCUUUUUAAAGCCUACGUUCAAAUGGAAGAUCCAGAAAUUGCUCAAAUGAUUGUUGAAACAUUUGAUUAUUAUUUACUGAAUGAUCGAGUGAUUCGCGUCUCCAUGUUGGAUGGUGAUAAUCCAGUGGCGAGACAAAAGCAAAUUUUCAAAUUUAAAAAGGAGGAUCAUACGAGUGCAUUGUUGGCAAAUGGAGAAGCUGCCAAGUUGAAGAAACAACAAAAAUUGUUUAGUGGAUUUGCUCGAAGUGAUGCUUCCAAGAUUGUAAAGAAAUCAAAGAAGAAUAAGAAGGAUUAUUUGAGGAAAAUACGAAACAAGUUGCAAAAGAAGAUCAAUGAGAGUGUUUCAUCGAAAUAA